UUCCUUUGUGCACUUCCGCCCCUCCCCGUUCCUACUCAGAGGGGCGGGCCGGCUUCUGUCUGGCCGGAAAGGGCCUGGCCUCAGGAGCCCACACUUCCGGCACAGACUUGCCAGAGGUUCUAACGCGAGGCGCGCGAGGAGAAUGGAUGACGUCGCGGAAAGCGGUGGGAGGGCUUGUGUUGGGCAAGCGCGGUAGGCCCGUUUCGCCGACUCGGAACCCAGAGCGUUGAAGGGGUUUUCCAGUAUUGCGGCGGAGCCCGCGGUCCUCGCCGUGUCCUCGGCAGCCCGCACGAAACCGGAAGGCAUUUCUGAGCCUGCGAACCUGCAGCGGAAGUGGAAGCAGAACGCCCUUCCUCAAGUGACUGGAGCUUACAGAUGCGGUCCAGGGCAGGGAACUGUGGCUAGGUAAGGAGGCCAUGCUUGAUGUUGCUUCCAGAUCCCAUGUCAACACCAAGUCCUCAGAUGCUGGUGGCAGCUGCUCAGCAGACCCUGGGCAUGGGAAAGAGACGGGGCCCACCCCGAGCCGUCUGCCUUCACCUAGCUGGAGAGGUGCUGGCUGUGGCCCGGGGACUGAAGCCAGCCCUGCUCUAUGAUUGCAGUUGUGCAGGGACAUCAGAGCUCCAGAGCUAUCUGGAGGAGUUGCAGGGCUUGGGCUUCCUGACCCAGGGACUUCACAUCCUUGAGAUUGGAGAAAACAGCCUGAUUGUCAGUCCUGAGCAUGUAUGUCAGCGCUUGGAGCAGGUACUGCUUGGUACCAUAGCCUUUGUGGAUGUUUCCAGCUCCCAACCUCACCCUUCUAUUUGCUCCCUGGACCAACUUCAGGAUUUGAAGGCCAUAAUCGUUGAGAUCAUCACACAUUUGCAAGGGCUGCAGAGGGACUUACCCCUGGAAGUCUCCUGCAGCAGACUUCGUUCUUCAGACUGGAAUCUCUGUACUGUGUUUGGGAUCCUCCUGGGCUAUCCUGUUCCAUAUACCUUUCAUCUGAACCAGGGAGAUGACAACUGCUUAGCCCUGACCCCACUACGGGUUUUCACUGCCCGGAUCUCAUGGCUGCUUGGUCAGUCCCCAGUCUUGCUCUAUUCCUUUAGUGUCCCAGAGAGCUUGUUCCCAGCCCUGAGGGAGAUUAUAAACACUUGGGAGAAGGACCUUAGAACUCGAUGUAGGAGGCAGAAUGACUUUGCUGACUUGAGCAUCUCCUCCGAGAUAGUCACGUUGCCAGCUGUGGCUCUCUGACUUCAGCUCUUCUCUCAUGUAGAAGAUGCUCAGUAGAUGAUCAGCUCCGGGUUAGGGAUGGCAUCUCAAUGACCAAUUCUGAGCAUCUUGAGAAAAUUAGGGAAAAAUUCUGCGAACAGUUGUCCUCAUCUCAGUGGGCAUGGGAACAGGUGAUAGUGGUGUUGGUUGUACAUAGUUGCCAUUUCUAUAGUAGGGAGUCCUCGUGACUUAACUGAGAUGUCUGUUCAUUUUUCACUGGAUAGGGGAUAGAAGAAAGAUUGUGGAGACAGGCGGUGGAAGUCAAGUAGUCUGUUCUUGUGUGGUGGUUGUAAAUAUACCUGCCCCGGUGGGCAGUGUCUGCCAGAAAGUAGAGGACUAGGUAAGUUUUACUGCAUGUUUAUAUACCACCAACUGAAUCGGACUAGGGAGAGUAGACCAGGAUUCUCUAAUGUCUUAUGAUUGUGUUGUGAUAUGUCUGUCAUUCAGGGGUAAACUAAGAGUUCAGAGGAACAGAGACUUGUUAGGUGAAGUUUAUUUUACAGUAGGUUAAAAAAAAUAAUAAAGUCAGAAAUCUCUGUGGGAAAACCCACACUCUAAAGUA